AUGCCCGUGUCCGCUUCGAAAGCUGCCCGCCUGGCCAAAAAGGCUGAGAAAGCGGCCGAAAAGGGUGAAAAGCCCGAAAAAAAGACCGUUGCCUCCAGGCUUUCCUCGAAGGCAAAUUCCAAGAAUCCCUCGACAAACGGCUCGAAAGCCUCGUCAAUCGCCGGUGAUGACGACCCACCUAUGCUGGACGAGGACGAGGAAGAUGCUCCCGCCACGAGCGCUGACAAGAUGGACAAAGUCAAGAAGUUGACCGAGCAAAUGGAUAGGCACGGUCUCUCCGAUCGAGUCACAACCGGUGUGCUUGCCUCCCAAGAAGCAAGUCGGGAUGUCAAAAUAAAUUCCGCCUCUCUCGUCUUCCAUGGUAAGGUGCUUAUCACCGAUUCCACCAUCGAGGUCAACUUCGGUCGAAGAUACGGCCUGCUUGGCGAGAACGGUUGUGGCAAGUCCACCCUACUAAAGGCCAUCGACAAGCGAGAAUUCCCAUUUCCAGAACACGUCGAUAUCUACCUGCUAAACGAGGGUGCACCUCCCACCGACAUGGGUGCUCUCGAGUGGGUCAUCAAAGAGGCUGAGAAGGAAGUUAAGAGACUUGAUGAUCUAGCUGAGGAGAUUUUGGAAAAGGAUGGACCUGAAAGUCCCACACUCCUGGAAAUCUACGAGCGUUCAGAAGCCAUGGACCCGAGCACUUUCGAAGUUCGAGCCUCCCUUAUUCUCACUGGUCUGGGUUUCAACAAGAAAACCAUCCACAAGAAGACCAAAGACAUGUCUGGUGGUUGGAGAAUGCGAGUGGCGCUCGCUAGGGCUCUCUUCGUUAAGCCAUCCCUCCUCCUGCUGGAUGACCCGACAGCCCAUCUUGACCUCGAAGCAUGUGUGUGGUUGGAAGAGUAUUUAAAAAAGUGGGACAAGACUCUGAUCUUGGUCUCGCACUCGAUGGAUUUUCUGAACGGCGUCUGCACGAAUAUGAUCGACAUGCGACACAAGAAACUACUCUACUACGGCGGUAACUACGAUUCCUACAUCAAGACCCGAACCGAGCAAGAGACCAAUCAACAAAAGGCAUACCUCAAGCAACAGGAAGAAAUUGCUCAUAUUAAGAAGUUCAUUGCCUCCGCCGGCACAUACGCCAACUUGGUCCGGCAGGCAAAGUCAAGGCAGAAGAUCUUGGACAAGAUGGAAGCAGAUGGAUUCAUUCAACCCGUCGUUUCAGAUCGAGUGUUCACGUUCAGAUUUGCCGAUGUCGAAAAACUCCCCCCUCCAGUCCUGUCCUUUGACAGUGUCACUUUCAGUUAUUCUGGGAAACCGGAGGACAAUCUCUAUGAGAACCUAGAUCUGGGUGUGGACAUGGACAGCAGAAUGGCCCUCGUGGGGCCUAACGGUGUGGGUAAAUCGACAUUGCUGAGAAUCAUGACCGGUAAACUCUCUCCUACCGGCGGCUCAGUAAGCAGACAUACCCAUUUGAAACUGGGACUCUAUUCGCAGCACUCGGCCGAUCAACUCGACUUGACCAAAUCAGCCCUCGAUUUCGUCCGAGACAAGUAUUCUUCUACCUCUCAGGAUUACCAAUAUUGGCGGCAACAACUUGGUCGAUACGGACUCUCCGGUGAUGCGCAGACUGCAUUGAUGGGGACACUGUCCGAAGGUCAAAGAUCUCGAGUUGUCUUUGCUCUCCUGGCCAUCGAGGGUCCUAAUAUGCUCCUUCUUGACGAACCUACCAAUGGUCUUGAUAUCCCUACCAUCGACUCCCUUGCUGACGCUAUAAACGCCUUUUCCGGCGGUGUCGUGGUCGUUUCUCACGAUUUCAGAUUGCUUGACAAGAUCGCCAAGGACAUCAUGGUGUGUGAAAACAAGACCGUCCGACGGUGGGACGGGACGAUAGGAGAGUACAAGAACUACCUCCGGAAGAAGAUGGUUUCAAUGGGUCAGGUCUGA